AGUCAUUCAUAUUUUACUUGUCUGACGUGAGAGCGUCACAGAAACAGUGUGAAGUAAAGUUGCCCGUCUUUGGACUGAACUACGUCAGAUCCAACUGCUGGAUGAGGGCUGGAAACAUCUGCAGCGCCUCGUUCGGAGUGCGUAAAAUGAAGCUGGAUGGAUCCGUUACGCAUGGCAUGGAUGAAACCUCCCGGGAAUAAAGCAAAACACAGGUUAAUGGAGCAUGAUAGGAACCAUUUGUCUAUUUAAGGAACAGUUUUAAUCGCACAGGAAUCCCCAUAUCCAGCAGACAGGAAUGAAUCAGAUGAGAUGUUCCUCUGAGGAGCUGCGAUCUCUCCCACCGAGACCCCCGAGUUUACCCGCAGCUUCACCGAAGAGACGCUUUGUCAAGCUGGGGAGGAAGACAAGUGAUGGUUCCCAUCAAUCGGCUUCAUCCACUGGCAGUUCCUCCACCAGCAGGUCAGCAGAGGGUGUGUUUGUCCGACAGCCCAGUAAGAGCCGCAUCCGUCGCCAAACUAACCGCCUCUCAGGGGUCUUCCUCCGUGUCCCCCGCUCCAACGCAGGCUCCAUGGCACUGCCAGCAGGCAUCAGGACCUCCAUCUCCAGCCCAGGAAGGAAGGAAAGCAAUGCUUUAGGAGCGGACGACCCAUCCGAGCUGUCCAAUCAGAUCACAGCUCCAGGAAUCCUGAAGAUCUUUGGGAAUGAGAUCUGUGAGGGAGCGCAUUAUAAGAGCGUCCUGGCCACCACACACUCCAGCGCCAAGGAACUGGUCAAAGAGGCUCUUGAACGGUAUGGCCUGAGCAAGGAGGAGGCCGACUCCUACGUCCUAUGUGACACCAUCGGCUCUACCCGAGAUCAUGGGUGGAGAACAGAAGGGUUUCGGGUCGUGAGCGACAAUGAGAAGCCCCUCCUCCUGCAGUCACUAUGGAAACCCAGAGAAGGCCUGGCGAGACGCUUCGAAAUCCAGAGGAGAAGCUUAGUGGAGGAAAAGACAUCCAAAGACAAAGACACCAUCACUGCUGGUAUCAAUGCCCAGGCGAGAAAGCUGCAGAAGAGCCGCUCCAGAGUGACCUCCACGUUCAUAGAGAGGACCAUGGGGCGAGGCCACAAACUGUGGAGGAGCCAAAGUGAGAUGGACCUCUUAGACUCUGAGACCAAACAGGAAACCGAUCAAUGCCACAAGGAACGCAGAGACAGUCUGAAUCAAACCUCAGUGCAAUGCUACGAGCGAUCAAAAACAAGCCCAGAACAGAAUCACAGUCGCAGCCUGGCAGUUCCCUCGCAAGGGGACGGUGGGUCGCAGCCCAAAACAGAGACCCUCUGUCCGGCCAGGCUGAGAAGGGAGCGGGAAGGAGAGGAGUCGGAGAAGGAGGAGACGGAGAGCAGCGACGAUAAUACCACACAGUACUCCAUUCACCCUCCUCACGACUGUCCCUACCUUCUGCUGCUGCAGGGCUGCAGCCUCACACAGGACUUUGUCAUCUACCUUCUUGCUGGGCCAAAAGUUCUAUUUGGUCGGCAGCUUGAUCCUGAAGACGAGUCGAAGCCUGGCAUCCUUCUCUUUGCCAAUGACACUCUCCUGAGGCACUGUUAUUUCAAUCGCCAUGGCGCUGGCGGCCCCACCAUGCUGUCCCCCUGUCAGGACGCCGUGGUGAUGAGAAAUGGCGAAGCGUUGAGCGAAGAAGUGCAGCUCAACAGUGGUGAUGUCAUUGGGAUGGGACAGCACUACCUGUUUCUAUUUAAGGAUCCAUUUGCUUCCACACACAAGGAUGUUGACAAUGCUGCUCCUGAGUCCAGUAUGGCUGCCCUCCCCUGGAUGCUGAAUCCUGCCACUACAACCAGCCACACAGAAGGAAUGAUCCUCUGCAACACCUGCCUCACAACCUGCACUGACCUCAACUGCUCCAGCUGCAAACAGUCACUAAACAGAGGCCUGCCCUUUUUGAAAUCCCCUGAAUGCCACAGCCUGACUCUGCAGUAUGAGAGUGGAGAUGAGGAUCACAUCGUCAGGGAGAUAUUUGCCAUGGGAAGGACCAGCAGCAACGACAGACCCCCCCUGACUGCUGCAUUUCUGCUGUGUAUGUGUGUUCAGCACUCAGCCUCAUGUCUUCAAACCUCAGAUCUGCGCAGGCUGCUGUUGCUCAUAGCAAAUGGAGUUCAGACGGCCAUGUGGGAGCACACUAAGGACCUAGCUGCAGUGAAACCUGAAGUUAUUGAUGGUGGAAGCUCAAACCCAGAGGACCUCAGCCAGCAGGAGGUUAUAUCAGGCCUGCGCCCCCUGGUGGUGUGGAUGUCCAACAGCCUGGAGCUGCUGCAGUUCAUGCAGUUCCAGCUGCCUGUGAUUCUGCAGUGGAGAACCCAAAAAGAGCACGAACAGGACGAGGACAAAGAGGUGGAGGACCUGGCCCUGUUGGAGAUGCGUCUGUCCUGUGUCAGUUCAGCCAGCGAGGAGACAGUGGCUGUCCUGGAGGAAGUCAUCAUGCUCGCCUUCCAGCAGUGUGUGUACUACAUCACCAAGGUCCUCUACCCUGUCCUGCCGGGCCUUCUGGAUUGCGACCCAUUCAGGGAAAGUCCUGACCUGCAGGUGCCUGGCGAGAGUGCUCCUGUCUCGGGUAGCGGUGCCCUGCAGGUCCCUGGUGAGAUCCAGCAUCUUGUGGAUGUUCUGAGCGACACCUGGAGACUGCUGUGUGACUGUCAGCUCCACCCAGAGAUCUCCUCACAGCUGAUUGGCUACCUCUUCUACUUCAUCAACGCAUCCCUCUUCAACUCACUCAUGGAGAGAGGCUCUGAGCCAGGUUUCUACCACUGGUCCAGGGGCGUUCGCAUGCGGGCCAAUCUGGACUUUCUCCUGGAAUGGGCUCAUACAGCUGGACUGGGGGAAAUCGCCUUGGAGCAAACACACACACUCGCAUCAGCUAUCAAUCUGCUGGCUUCACCUAGAAAGAAUUUACUGCAGACAUCUUGGGUGUCUUUGCGCUCUGAAUACCCCGCCCUGAGUCCGGCCCAACUGCACCACCUCCUGAGUCUCUACGGCCCGGCAUCUCCCUGCAGACACAGCUGGACUCCCUCUGUUCAGGACCAGGCUGCAGCACACCAAACUGCUGAUAUACUGGAGAGUUUUGACACCCACCACCCUCUGGUGCUGCCUGAUGGGGGUUACCAGUUUGAGCUGGGCGGACAGGUAACAGAUUCAGCUGUGAGGGAACAGCUGGACAAGCUCAAAGAGUUCAUGUCUAGCCUUUCUAACUCAAAGUCCAAUCAGGCCCCAGCUACCAAGGAACAAGAGAUGGAUAUCCUUCCAAAAGCCAGUCUGGAAACCUUGGAUGCAUCUUCAGUUGAGGCUAUUGUCUUUGACCACCCUUCUACCACCUUUGGUGCCUUACCUCCAUCACCUCCAUCCCCUCCCUCACCGUCAUCCACGCAAUACCUGGAUGAGUUCAUCUCCUCAGGUGCCAUCCUUUUGUCCCAGAAGCUCAGAAAUCUGGAGCUGCAGACUGGUGGAAGCAGUGAGACAAGGUCAGCUCUGGAAACAUCCUGUCUCCUCACCCCGCCCAACACCCCCCACAUCGUAGAUCGUGUUCAUUUGGUGAGGUCACACCAGGAAAGAUGGAUGAAUGGGGAAAGUGAGAAACUUCUCACCUCGGAUGUAGAUGCACAUGAUGAAGGUGGAUUGGUGUUUGAAUGUCUGUCUGCUCUUAAAGUAGACCGUUUUAAUUCAGAUUGCCCCAGGAUGGAGAGAUGUGUUGAACUGAAAGAAGAAAUGGAGGAGGAUGACCAUUAUGACGACAAUAAUGAUGAGGUUUUUAGCUUGGAGCUGGAGCGAGGGGAAAGAGGACUCGGUCUUGCUCUGGUUGACACAAGGGACACGCCCUUGAAGGUGAAAGGCAUCUUUAUCCGUGCUGUAGUGCCAGACUCUCCUGCAGCACGCUGUCAGAAGCUGCUGCCAGGAGACAGGAUCCUGGCUGUUAAUGGAGUCAGUCUGCUUGGACUGGACUACCACAGUGGGAAGGAUCUGAUCCAGUCAUCAGGGGACAGACUGAGGUUACUGCUGGCCAGAUCUGACUGGAUGACUAAGGCUGUACAGACUGAAUGCUGACGGCCUUUUUUUAUUGUUUCUUUUAACCAAGACUCCAUCAGCGCACUUGAAGAUAACUAUAAGAUCUUGCUCAACAUUCAAGCUCAGGACAUGUGCCGUAAUAUAAGUUUACUGUAUGGGUGAUGUAAAGAUAAAAAUGCACUAUAAAAUGAGUCAUGUCCUGUCCUUGUAUUUAGUACUAGUUUGUAUUUGCUUAAUGUAGUCUUGAAGCGUUUUCUUUUACAUUGUAACAUGAUAUAUUGAUGUCUAUAUUUGAGUUUGUGCUCAAGUGAAUACAGAAUAUUGAUUUCAGACUGCUUACGUUAACUUGAAAUGUUUUAUUAGUCAUUGUCAUCUUCAUACAUUCUCUAUAAGGCAAAGUCAUUUCAUUGUCACUUUCAAUUAUUGGUAUGACCAGGUCUGAUAUCUCAUUUGUGUUGUUAUAAACGUACAUAUACAAG